CAAUGUGAACAGAUCACAGAACGGGAGUGAGAUCGUGAAGCCUCCCUCGUCCAGAGUCGAGUAGUGAAGAAGAAGCAAAAAAGAGUUGGAAUUACAGUCAGUGAGUGUCUGAAAAUCAGUGGAUAAUUGUGAAUUUUUGGGAGUAGUUUAGAAGUUUGAUUACUGAAUGGUGGUCAGCCAAAGUAGUAAAUUCUGACGUGCGGAGGAAUCACGAGCUAAAAGAAGGCUCUAAACUCUACGUGUAACUUUUAACAACUUAAAUAGAGGCAAAAACAAUAUUUCUAGAUUUUCUGAUUGUGUUGAAAUUAAAUGUGAUUACGAAAAAGCUACUGGAAUCUUGUAAUUAUUGAGUAAUUUGAUGUUAAAAUUCAAAAAAAAAUCAAUCAGAGUGCGAUAGUCUCGAGUGUAUUGUACCAAACACGGGUCAGGUCUCGGUGUUGAAUCUCCUUUGUCCGCGAUAGUUUAAAAGAGCGCGACAACGGCCCUACACAAAUACUAGUACAUACGCACUUGCUACGAGUUUUGAAAGUGUUUCCUGCAAAUUUUGCAUCACGCAAAUUUGACCAUUGGAAACAGUGGACGAAUCUGCUGCAGAGGAAAGUGGAACGCCAGGUUGAAGCGGAGGUCCUGUUUGUUGGUGCACACAAGUCACACAAUCACGCGCGAAUUUGUUCACGUACGUUCGCACCAAGCCUCUGGCAACACUAUCGUCUGCCAGACAGUGUACGAAAGUUGUGAGCAAGGUUUUGGCGAGAACAAAGGAACGGACUAUUUGCGUCGACUGCAAAACAGCAAACUCCAUUAAUACCUAUCGGGUGUGUUUUUUUUUUCUCGGAAGGCUAUCAGUGCUCAAGGGAGAUAUUUAUUCUAUUUCCCUACGACUUCUGUGAUAGUUUCCUGCAAUCUUGUGGAGAAAGCUUGGAAAAGCUGUCAAGAAUAGUGGAAUAUCCUUCCCCGAUGCCGUCAGUGAAAGGUAGGACAAAAAACAUCGACCGAGAGAUCCACUAGUGUUUGUUGGAAUCAUUCGAAGAAAAAGAAAGUUUAUUGCCUUGGAGUUACAUACUGCAAGGUAAAGUGAGUGGAAAAUUAUCGGUAGUGAAACGUAAACCACAAAAUCGUAUCUCUGCACUCGAUUAUGUUGUGUAUCCUGCAUUUUCUUUUAGUAUCGAGAUAUUUUUAUAAUAAAAUAAUAUCAAAAGAAGAAAAAUUCCACUAAAAGAAGAAGACGUAAUCACAAACUGAAGCAGUAUAAUUGAAUGAUACAAAAUAAAUAUAGUUUAUAUUUAACAAAUUAAUAAUAAAGUGUGAUAAUAGUUUUAAAAAACAAAGCGAAUCGCAAACCGAGAACAAUUGACUGACAAGUGAAACAAAGCGUUCAAGAAAGUGAAUACAAGAUGACCAACUCGCACAACCGGAGUGGUAAAAACGGCAACUAUGCUGAGCGGUAUUUCAACAACCACAGUCCACAGCAGUUGGGUGGCGGAAGUGGUGGCAAGAGGCACAAUUCCACCGGGAACAACAACGGUAACGGGAACCGAGGACAAAAGUCGCCAAGCUCGGGUUACUUCAGAAGUCUGUCGACGUCGGGUGCAAUCCCGAUAGUGAAAUCUUCGUCGCCUGUCAGUAAUAAGGGUGGCAAUUAUUACAGUACCAGUUCGCCCAGUGGACGAAACAAUAAUAGCUUUAAUCUCAAUACCAGCUAUCAGCGGCCAAGUCCUGGUGGCGGUAACUUCAAUGUUUCACUAGGAACGUAUCCGGGCAUGUUGCCCGGUUCGCCUCCAAAGUUUUCCCAUUUCGCUGGUAGCAAGUGUUAUGAUGCUCCAGCGCCCACCGCUUUACCAAAACCACCAGUUCACUGGACGACGUCGGUAUCAUCCACCGCGAGUACGGUAGCACCAGCUUUAAAUACAACAACUUCGAAGACAUUCAUGAACGACAAGGCAACUACAAACUUACCAUCGUCCGCCACCGUUGGAGGCAACAGAAAUGGCCCCAACUCGAGCAAGGGAUCCUCGCCUACAGCUUCCUCAUCGUCUAGGUCUAAGGCAAAGCCAGUGAAAUCAAACAUGUCCUGUGCUGCAGCUGUAGCCAAAGCCAAUCGUAGCGUUGAUUUCACUCACAAUCUCAAAAUGGUUCUGAACGUUCAAGCCUAACCAAGACAUGGGUCCGAAGACGAGCUUUCCGUACCAGUUAGUUUGGAGCUGCAACGAUCACACCAACAGCAAUCCCGUCAAUCGCUAUCAACAACAACAAACAAAUUUAAUCGUACUAGAAAACAUCGUAAAUGCGAAGUGCUGUCGAACUAGACAUUCUCACGGGUACAAAAGUAUUAUUGUGCACAGAGAGUACUGAUUUGGCAAAAUCUUUGCAGUCUCAAAGAUCAAAGCAAUGUACAUUUUCGAUCAGUCAAAUUGAACCACCAAAAAACCUAAACAAUUCCUGUAUACAUUUUCGUAAAAGCUUUAUCCAGGAAGCGGAAAUUGAAAUUAGUUCGUUGAUCAGUAAGCAGAAAAACAAACGCGGAACGAGGAACGUGAGUCGAACCUUUUGUACUAAACAUUGAUUGUCGAUUCUAGUUAUGUAUAACUCUUUUUAAUGUUUUAUUUUUAAUUUGAAGCGUGACAUUUCUGGUCCAACAAUCGGCCAUUACAAAUCGAUAUCAUAAAUUUAUUUUUGUAAGCCUUUUCGCUCCCAUCCUUCGGCAAUGGAACGCCACGUGAGCUUGCCCGUGGCUUCUUAAAUAAAACACAUUUUCAUUCCAUUCGAUAAUCAAACAAGUAUUCUCUAGAUUCCAAAGCUCAUCGCAAUACAAAUUCCAUCCAAACCUAAAUAUCAUAGCGUAGUGUUUCGAUCCAAUUAGCGUAAUCCAAGUACGCGAGGCACCACGUGGCCUGCCACUGCCGAGGGGUCACGCGAUGGGCACAGAUAAAUUGUUAUUUUUUGCAUUAUACGUAUUAGUCAUUUCCAUUGUUUUCAAUUUUAUAUAUUUGUGUAAACAAAAAAACAUGUGCUUCGAAUCCUCGUCUGACUUUAAUACAAUGGACAGAGGUUCAUUCUUUUACGAAGCAACCAAUUGAAACGUACGAAUUACUGUCAAAAGACCAAAACACGCUAAAAUCCCCUUAUCGUGAUAGAACAGAGAUCUCGCUCGAAAGUUCAACUCAAUGCGCAAUCAGUCCUCCCUUCAUAAAUUCAAAAACCAAACCACAAAUCCUAUUUCAUAUCGAAACAAAUGUUCUUAUUGAGAAUUUUUCUGUGAUAUCCAUAGAAUUUAUCAUUUUUCGUAUUGAACAUAACAUCUUAAUUAUUGUUUAUCACCAUUCCCGUAUGGAUGUAAAAUUCAGAAAAAAAAUCUAGAUAAUUGCGCAUCGAAUUCGACUUUCGGCUAAAGGGUGAGAUCUGCUGAGAGACAAGAAGCUACUGCGCAGUUAGAGCGUUGUUGCUUUCCAGCAAGAAGCCCUAGACGACGCAGCAGAAUCAUACGUGAACUAAAACAAACACAGUACAAAAUCCAACUAUUAAAAGUAUGUUUUACGAUUACAACAGCCAAGGCAAAGCUAAAUCCGAACACGGAUGAACAGAUGAGAAGCGAACCGGAACGUUAGAUUAGGCGCAAAGCAUGUGCACGACGUACGUGCCAGAACACGCAGGAAAACACAGAUAGGGCAAGACAGGCACAGAAAGGUUUACAGUUGAGGAAGAAGGCAGCAGAUGAUGCAGAGGAGAGUAAUAUUAUAGUAGAAAGGCAUGUGUUAAGACAACAGGGAAGCACGAGACCGAAUGACAGAGAGAGCUAGCAUACAUAAUGGAGAGUGUGUGUGACAAUAUACUAAAAGAAACAAAACAAACGAGAAUCGAAAGACUUAUCACAAAAUUGAUAACGCGAUGCAAAGCAGAAGUAAGUUCUUGAUUAAAAAAUGAGAAAAUUAAAUACAAUGAUUAUUAUGAUGGAGGGUGUAGAAAGUGCUGGCUCGCCACCGUGUGGACAGACUUUCUCGUUUACUCGGCCGCCCACACGCCGAUAGCAAAAUCCAAACUCACAUCUUAGGAACUGCUGCUAUUACGGUGUUUUACAAAGGCCAACUCUCAGGGGGCGGAGUUUAGAAACUUUGCCAAUUGAUAAUUUCAUGCUUUGGUUGAAUUUUUGAUUUUCCAUUUUUUAGAUGAUUUUGUGCGUUCGACAAACUGGUAAUUUUUACAUUCGGAGACAUAAAUUGUCUCUUGUAAAUAGCACAGUUUUAAAAUCCAUAAUAUCAUGUAGAAGAGAGUGUGUGCCUUCUAGUAAUUUUUACACAUGGAGAGUAGACGAAACCCUACAUCAGUGCAGAUAAAGUAAGAACAGAUAACAUCAUAACUCCGCCCUUCUACUUAUCGGAUGUUUCUGGGAAGGUGAAAGGAGGAUCUUUAUCGUCUGCAAGACUUUGGCUCCCCCUUUUUGCCGAACCAAAUCUUCCGAAUCCAGACGCUUUUUUUGUGCAUAAUUUUUAUCACUUCAAAUUUGGUGCAUAAAACAAACCAUUAGACCGCAGAAAAUUCUAAAAAAUUGAUUUCAGUAAAUGAAUUUAACUUGAUACUUUAGCCCAGUGCAAUACAAUUAAUUUGAACAAACCUCGAGUAUAAAAAUUUAAUCUUUCAAAAGAAAAAUCUCAUAAAUUUGGUAAACACUCAAACUAUAAGAGGCAUUGUUCGGUGGUCGAAGCAAGCCGAGCAAUACAUAGUCACUAUUCUAUGCAUUCAUUCAUUCAUUCAUCGCCCUUCCCCCCGAAAAAAAGUCAAAACAAACAUUUGCAAUCUAGAUUUUAUUUUUAAUCACAUAAAAGAAAUUAGUAUUUUCAAACAGAUGUUUAAGCACUGCUGCAAAUAUUCGUUUGAUCUCAUAUGUCUCCUUUUGACAAAAUGGAAAACGCAUGUUAUAGCGUGUUGGUUCCAACCGAUCUGUCAUUCGGAUAGCCAAAGCAGAUCAAGGCGCAGCGGUGCAUCGAGCAAAUGAUUAGAAUAUUUCUCUGUUAGAGAUUUUUCCUUGAAACUUGCUCAGUUUUUUGCGCCAGAUGGAUCGGUUGCUAUCAACGCGUUUCUAUUGAAAUCUUCUCUAAUCGAUAUAUUUUAUAUUUUCUGAAAAAGCCACAAAUAACAAAAUUAAAUACCACAUUAAAUGAAGUAAACGUGCAACUAUGAAUUGCAAACCUGUAUAGAAAAUAAGUCACAUACACACACAGACGAUUAUUGAAUGGAAAAAUUGAACAAGCGUAAUAUGGACCGAUUUUAAACAUAUGAACCAAACAGAAAAAAAAAUCAUCCUCGACACAACUUUUGCAACCAAUCGACACUAAUUUAUCAACUACCGGAUCUAAUCGAUAAAUACUACAAAAAUUAUCCAACUUGCAAUAGAAAACUAAAGAGCUAUACACAAACAGUCAAAAUUGGACGAAAAUGUAACUAUAUCGUUUUAUCUAUAGGUCAUUAUGUAAAAAAAGCAACAUGUUGAGUGUUUAUUUGUUGAUUGACGCAAAAACAAUAAGAAAUCCAUUUCGAUACGAAGUAUCGGUAGUUUUAGUUGAUUUCUUUCAAAUUAUUUAAACAUUCAAAUUGCUAGCAAAACAACGAGCCGAGGCGUUCGGCUUGAAAUAGGAUUGGCGGUGCACAAAAAAAUACACUUUUAGUUUUACUUUUUAUGAUUACCUUCCGGACGUUGCGGGAAAACGAUACCUCUAAAGGAACCUUUUUAUUCAACAAUUGUUUUCUUCUUGGUAUUUUUUCCCGCCGUGUCUGCCUCUAUUCACACUUACUGUAGCUGCAAAGAUGAUAGAGAAGAGGGCGCAAGAAAAAGGUCAAAGGCACUUUUGGUUUUGUGAUAUUCUUAUUUUUCUUUUCCCCUUCGCUUACUCUGUACUUCUUCUUCUUCCCGGUGAGAGCGGAAACGAGGACAAAUCCUGAACCAUCUGUGAUUUAUUACGGCUCGGUGUAGCGAAGCAAAUCUCCUUCUUUUUUUUUAAAUGUAACCUAAAACCCUAAUUCAAAUACCUGCUAUUCUUUCAUAGAACAAUCAACUUAAGGGUUCGAAAUCCGGAACUUCUCCAAUAAAGUUACCUACAUGUGGCCUCUGAGUCAAUAUGUUUGUCUUGAGGCGACCUUCAGAACCAAAUUAUCGCUACACCUUGAUUUAGUCAUAAAACAUUAAGAAAAAUGCUUUAAUCUAUUUGUCCUUUUUUCCAACCUUUCGAAUUUAUUGCUCUGAGGGGCAUUACUAUUUCUAGCUUUAUUUUUUACAAAUGUACUUUAGGAUAUAAAAAAUAUAAAAAUAAAACAAAAAAAAAAAUGAAAAAAAUAUCGCCAUCCUAUUUCAAUUGAACGCCACUCGCUUCGCGUUUCGGAUCAAAUUGGUGUGCAUCAACCAGCAAAACAACGUUAGUUAAUAUGGGAAGUAAUUGAAAAAUCUUUGAGCUAUCGGAACAAAUUCUCAAAAUAACACCACCAGGACCCGGUUUCUCCGGUAGAAGCGGGCCUAGAGAGGAAUACCUACCAAGUACGAUAGAGAGAGUAUAAAAUCAUAAAAAAACGAAAUGAGAAACAUACAUCUGCGAUAUAAUCAAUACAGCCGAUACUGCUAAAACACUAUUUUAUAUUAUUUUGACGAGACAAAGUAGAAGCAAAAGCAUUGAUGUCAGAACAGAAGAGAAAACAAACAUACUAAAUACUAGCAGCCGUAUGAAAAGGGUUAAUCACUGAAGCAAAAAACAAACAAACAAGCAGCGUAGUCAUGGAAACUAGGCGACGGAACGAUCUCACCCACCGAAUUCCUUCGACACCACGAGAGUGUUCAUCUUGCGUGGGCAUUUCUCUAUUACGAAUGCAGAUCAAUCACUGCGUAGGAGGAACAGAGGAUGGGCUUGAUCGGACCCCGCUCAAGUAUGGAAUCAAAAAAAUCGAAACUAUAUUUGUUACACAUGAACGAUGUAAACUCACACGCACAUACGAGAAAUCGCAUUUGAAAAACCAUUUUUCUGUAUAUUACAGAAACAGGGAAAAUUGUGUAAGCAGGAGAAACACACUUGUAAAUAGAAAGUCGGAAGGGGCAGCCAAUCUCGAAUAGAUGCGAGAAGUUUUUCUUCUUCGCAGAAAUCUUGCUCUGGCUGUUCGAUCGAAUAGCGAAGUUAAAAGAAGAUGAAGACAAGUGUUGUAGUAGAGAAGCUGAAGUAACAAACAGAAGUGUGUUGCGCGUGGGUGUCGCUUUGCUUAGACAUUUCGUACUACGGGAGAGCUGAUCUGGUCGUUGAUCGGUCGUCUUCUUCCCGGAGGUAUAGAAGAUGAGAUUUGUAAUCAUAAAAAAAACAAUGGUGAACCUCUAGAUUCAUAAGAAUAAUAAAUAUUAGAUUUAAACUAUAGAAACGAAACAAAAAGGUAGAAAUGUUCGUAAUUGUUCUGUGAUCCCUAUUCAUUUAAUGUUACUGCUUUUUCGAGAGGCAUUUGGGUAAACGGAAAUAAGGUAGAUGAAACAUUUUCUAAAAUUUGUUGGAUGGAUUCAAAUUAAAGGAUAUUAAGCACCGAGACUGGAAAAAGCAGUAACUAUUAAACACGUGUUUGGUGAAUUUUUGAAAAUAGCCAUUCACUCCAACGAUUAAUCUGUACUAGACUUUUGUAACGAACAAGUAAAGAGUAAAAUUUGAACCAAUUUCUUACAAAAUGCAGAGAAAAACACAACCAAUCGCCAUGUACUGUAUCAACAAUCAUAAAUUACUGUAGUCCCGGAACAUCUCAAAGCUUCCUACAAAAAGUUAUGUUCGGAAAACGAUUGUAAACUGUUUGAAAAUCAAAUGCUUAAAAAGGAAAUCGAUAUCAAAAUCGUAUUUGAAACCCAUUAGGAAUUUAUAUUGUACCUUGUCAAAAUUUUAAAUCAAUCCUCGAUAGUCAGGUUCAGUUUAUUAUGUUUUAUCCAAUUGUAAAACGAUUAUAUUGUGAUUCUCCUAAAAUUUGAUGAAAAAAAAACAAAAUACUUACGAGUGGAAAAAAAAUAAGAUCCAUUCAAAUGAAAAGAUCAAAGUAGAAAAAAAGAAUAUCAUCUACUUUGCAAAACCAUAACAAGCGAAAAAAAUACAAAAAAAUAUACAACACCCCAAAACAAAACUCCCCACCCCCUCUUCCCAUCCCACUAUUCAAAAAAGCAAUAACAAUCCCCAUAUUGAAAACAUUUUCAAAACAUAACACAAACUACCAGAAAACUAAUUCAAUACACAAAACAGUCACACAACAAACCAAUCCUACCAACACAAAUCCUUUCCAGAAAAUUCCCCGGGCUUCGCAAUUUCCCUCUUCACAUCAAUACAAUUCCUCCCACAUCCCAAAAAGGUGAAGCCCACCCACAAAUCGCUCAAGAGAGAGCAAGAGUCUGAACUUUUCAACAACAACAACAAAAACCAAAAGCUAUUGCGCACCGGUUCGGUUAAUUGGUUGGGGAGAUUGAGCCAAUUUGGAAAGGUUUCCUCCGGGAUCCCCGGAAGCGAAUUUUCUUUUUGGCACUUUUCUUCCACACUGCCUGCCCCCGAAGCAUUUAGCGAAAAAGAGUUUACCACAAAAAGAGU